AUGUCAAAGCUCCUCGUCGUCUUUGGAGCAACCGGCCAGCAGGGCGGCUCCGUGGCCAACUACGUCAUCAGCGACCCGGAGCUAUCGAAGCAGUACAAGCUCCGCGGCGUGACUCGCGACUUAUCCAAACCUGCCGCGCAGGCCCUCCAGCAGAAAGGCAUUGAGGUCGUGCAAGCCGACGCGGAUGACAUCGAGUCCCUCAAGCGGGCGAUGCAAGGCGCGCACACCGUGUUCGCCGUGACGACGACCAUCUACGACGAGCAUACCAAGACGAGGGAGGUCCGACAGGGCAAGGCCCUGGCCGACGCCGCCGUGGCUGCCGGAGUGCAGUACUACAUCUUCAGCACCCUGCCGCACGCGGGGAAAUACUCAGGCGGGAAAUAUUCCAAGGUCGACCACUUCGACGCCAAGGCCGAGGUGGAGGAGUACAUCCGCACAGUAUUACCGAUCAAGAGCGCCUUCUUCGCGCCCGGGUCCUUCAUGCAGAACUUCAGCGGGAUGAUGGCUCCUCGCCCGGUAGGCGACGGCACAUACGCCAUCGCCGCCGUGGCCGCUCCGACGACGCAGCUGCCUCUGAUCGACAUCGCGAGCGACGCGGGCAAAUUCGUCGGCACCAUCCUAGCGGAACCAGACAGAUACGAAGGCAAAGUCCUCUCGUCCGCAGCGGGGCUCUACACGAUGGAGGAAAUCGUGCAGAUCAUCAGCAAAGUGACAGGCAAGACGGUGCGAUACAUCCAACUGUCCGAGACCGUCUUCCGUGGGUUCUUGCCCCCGCAUGGCGCGGACCAUCUGGUGCAGAUGCUGCUGUAUUUCCAGGAUGUGGGAUAUUUUGGCCCGAAGACGAAGGACGCGGUGGACUGGACGUUGAGUAAUGUGCGUAGUAAGCCCACGGUGUUUGAGGAGUAUGUUGCUAGGAAUCCGCCUGUGUUGGAGUAG